CUUUUCCCUUCCUUUGCGCUGCCCUUGCUGCUUCUGUCACAACUUAAUUCUAGUAGAAUCUCCGUUCUUUUGACUCCCAUUAUACCUUCAAUAUUUGAGAAUGCCAAGAGAUCCCCUAAUUGGUCUGGUUGGAAAGCCAUCCAGCGGAAAAUCGACGACGCUGAAUAGCUUAACAGAUGCUUCCUCCAAAGUUGGAAACUAUCCAUUUACCACUAUCGACCCCCAGCGAGCCAUUGGUUACCUACAGAUAGAUUGUGCAUGCAAGCGGUUUGGUGUCUCCGACAAGUGCAGACCUAAUUAUGGUGGCUGCCACGAUGGGCAGCGCUCCGUCCCGAUAGAACUUCUGGAUGUUGCGGGUCUUGUUCCCGGUGCGCAUCAAGGUCGAGGGUUGGGAAACAAGUUUUUAGACGAUUUGCGUCACGCUGAUGCUUUGAUCCAUGUGGUGGAUGUGAGCGGAACUACAGACGCUGAAGGGAAGGCAACGCGAGGUUACGACCCUUCGCAAGAUAUUGUGUGGUUACGCUCGGAAAUCGUGCGGUGGGUUCAAGGAAAUUUAAUGGAAAAAUGGGGAUCCAUUAGAAGGAGACAUGUCGCUAUAAAAGCGACAGCUGUGGAAACCCUACAGAACCAGUUUUCGGGCUAUGGAAGUACAUCAUCAGUUGUUGCACGGUGUCUGGACAACCUGGGCAUCAAAGAGCCGCUUGAGGAGUGGUCCAACGAGACGAUUGAAAAUGUCGUCAAAGCUUUUGUUGAUGAGAAAUUCCCCACAGUAUUUGCCUUGAACAAAAUAGACCAUCCCGAUGCGGAUAAGAAUAUCAGCAAGAUCGCCAAGAUGCAGGAUCCAAAGUCAAUAGUACUCUGCUCUGCUAUAUCUGAGGUCUUCCUUAGAAGAUUGGCGAAGCAAAAUUAUAUAAAGUACGUGGAAGGAAGUGAAUUCUUGGAUACGCGGGAAGAUCUCAUAGAGAUGGGUGACCCCGAUGGGGGAGGCCUGAGGGAAAUGGACGAGAAACUAAAAACUCGCGUUGAGAACCUGAAAGACAUGGUGUUGUAUCGUUUCGGCUCCACAGGAGUUGUUCAGUGCCUGUCGCGUGCUGCUGAGCUGUUGGGGCUUGUACCAGUAUUCACAGUUAGGAAUAUCCAUACAUUUGCGUCUGGUACUGGUGGUACAAAUGCCGUCUUUCGAGAUUGUGUCCUCGUCAAGAAAAACAGCACAGUGGGAACUGUUGCUCGGAAAGUCAUGGGUGAUGUUCCCAUUUCUUAUAUUGAAGGAGUUGGUGGAAUCCGGGUUUCUGAGGACGAGAUUGUGGAAGUAGGGAAACAUGAUGUGCUUUCUUUCAAAGUUGGCCGAUAGAUCUCUCUCCUUGCAUACAAUUUAUAGAUCUUUAGUUAUGAGCCAAUCCAUGCAAGUAUACAAUUUCCAAAUGGAUUUUCAAGACUUUGACAAUUCCAGAAUACGAUGUAAAGAAAAUCAAAGCCCCAAAUGAUGCCAAAGAUACUCCUUGAAUCACUCACCCUUCUGUAUCAUUAUCAUCAAUUAGUCUUGAGACUUGCAACGUUCUAAAUGUGGAGAGCCAACUUACCCUUCCCCUCUCAUCAUUCACGCCGACGAGCGGCUCUGGUGCCUCGGGGUGUUCCUUCUUUGCUUUCUUGGCAAACGUCGACCCUUCUCUUUCUGUCACAGCCUGCGACUUAGUCCUGUCCCGAAUACCCCAGCUCUGUGCCCUUUCUCUUAUUCCUUCCGCAGUCCCCUUGACCUCAGGAUCCGUUUCAUCUCUCCUUUGCGCCCGAUGGAUGCUAUGGUCAUUGUCUGAGCUUCCAGUCCACUUGUUAAAUAUAGAGCUGCUUUUCAAGCGGAUAGGGACAAGGCGCGGCGAGGGCAGCCCGGCCGGCUGAAAUAUGGAUUGGGGUGAGAGUAAGCACAGCUUUGGAUGCCUGUAGAUGAGGCGGUGGAUUUUUGAAAUGGGUGGAAGACCAGACAUUCUUUCUUGUCUCUUCCUCUUGUAUCGUCCCAGAAUGAUGAACGUAGUCUCAAGAUGGAAAAGUACAGAGUCCGGAUUAAUGCAGUAUUUAUCUCUAUAUUCUUCUGCGAUUCCUCAAAGAAAAC